AUGGCAAUCUCCGAGUCCUCUUCCGAGUCCGACUUGGUUCUUUCGCCCAUUCCAGGCUCCGUCUUCGCAACUGCAUUUCACGAGCACGCUAGCGACAUCGAUGGGCAGCUCCUCCUCGACCCGUCGUUCGUCGAAUCUGUUUUCGAUGGUGAUGGGAUGCUCAUCGAUGGUUUCUACACCGAUUCUAGCUUCGCUUCAUUUCUCGCUCCCACUCCUGCACUGCAGCCGCAAACUCUCUCGUCGCCUCUCAGCCUCAGCGAUGAGAGCAGUAGCAGCCAGACUACUCUCGUCGAGGAGAACGGCCAGAACGUUCCUGUCAAUCGCCAGCGCAGGCAGCGAUCGGCGCGAUCGCCCAAGUCGGGCCCGACGGAGAGGAUGCUGGAAAUCACACCGGACGAGCUCGCUUGCUACUAUGCUAUGCCCAUCACGGAGGCGUCCAAGAAGCUCAAGGUCGGGCUCACGGUCCUCAAGAAGCGGUGCCGCGAGUUUGGGAUCCCGCGCUGGCCGCAUCGCAAGCUCAAGAGCCUGGAUGGCCUCAUUCACAAUAUACAGGAGCUUUCCAAAGAGAGCCCGAGCUCGGGGAAGAAGAAAUUCGAGGAUGCGGUGAGCGAGCUCGAGGUGCAGAAACGGAAUAUGCAAGCAAACCCCGCGGUUGAUCUGUCGGAUGACACAAAGAGGCUUCGCCAGGCAUGCUUCAAGCAGAGCUACAAGCAGCGCCGACAAGCUCUUGCCAGGCUUGAGGAAGACGACGAAGAAUAA